UCUUUAUAUGUGUUCAAUAAUGUUACUCUAUUUCAUGAUUUUGUUUUUUUAGUGUUAAAUUUGACUGAAUUAAUGUUAUUGUAUUUUAUUUAUUUAAUAAAAUUAUAGAUCUUAAUUUUGCGUGCUUUGAUGAGGUGGUUACCAUGUUGAUAAUCGUUGCAGUUUUUGGUAACAAAGUAGUUAGUAUGUCUGCAAUGAGUUUGGUUACUUAGGAUUCACUUCAUUAGUAAACUAUAAAUAGAAUUUAAGAUCUUUCAUUGAUGUUAAAUUUUCAUUAUUUGGAAAGCUUGAUAAUUUCACUGACUGACAUAUUGGUGGAUGGAAUUAGGGGUAGUUUGGUUCGGUUUGUUGUGACCAAAGGAGUGUUGAAAAGAGAAGGAAAAAAAAGGUGUUGUCUGGGUGCCCCAGAUGAGAACUGAUGUUAUUAACAGUAGAAGGAGGAGGGUUCUUCUCUUCUUCAGCGUCUGGGUAUAGCAAGGGCUUGGCCCUUCUUCUCUUGGGUCAGAAGCACGAGGACAAGUCCAUGAGAGUUUCACCGUGGAACCAUUACCAGUUGGUAGACCGAGAACCCGACCCUGACCUCCAACUGGCUUCCAUCAAGAACCGGCUUCCCCGCGGGUGCACUUCUUUUGUUUGCUUUCGUUGCACUUCCGCAGGGCUUGAAACACCAUCACCUUUGAAAGUUGGUCCUGUUCUACAGCAGGAUGCCUUGCCAGACUCUUGUGUUGCAGAUAAGGUUAACGAUCAUGCAAAUGAGCUUGAUGAUGGCAAUAUCAAUGUAAGAAAGGUUGUUUUGAAAAGUAGUUUGAAGAAGCAAUUAAGUAGUGCUCAAGUUUCUCUUGAGGGUGUUAAUGAUCGUGAGGCAUUGGGGGAAAAGGAUGGCGAUAACCCGAGUCACACAGAACUAAGAAAGGUGCACUGGACUGAUGCUUAUGGUAGUGAGCUUGCUGAAAUCAGGGAAUUUGAGCCCAGGUACACGGAAUUUGUCUUCUAAAUUAAAGUUUUAUAAGCAACGCAGUACAAUUUCCAAACAUAAUUUAAGUUUGUUUUUAUG